GGGUUAAUUGAGCGACUCCUACAUUUAUCAAGGUUAUUUGAGUUAUAAAAUCACAUAUACACACUUAGUUUCUAUAUGCGACGAUAACUUAUAUUUGAUUGGUCAUUAUAACCGUGACCGUACGAAAUCUCAUAGCUCUGAAGCUACGAGUACUUUGUUCUUCAACCCUUCUACCUCCCGUUUCAACAAGAAUAUAUUUCUUUACACCACAAGUCACCGCACAUUACUAUUCAACCGCCAUCAAUAUGGCCACUCCAACGCCAGGAAAGUACCCCGGUGUAGCAGCGACACCUCCAGUCUCAACCCCAUUUUCUACAUCCCAUCUAGCCUUUUCUCCCCAUGGACCGCGUUCUGUUGUGCCUUCUCCCUCUCAAAUCAAAAAGUCUAGUCCUGCAGGAACCUCAAUGUCGAAUCAAGCAUACAGUAUGGGGAUGGUGGGAUUUGACAGUCCGUCUGCGGCGUUGGCUUUAGGGAUGGGUGCGGAUGUCGUAGGAGAUUUGGGCAUUGAUUUACAAGGAAUUGGGGUAUUGGGUGGUGGCCCGGGGAAGGAUGAAGAGGAGAAGAGGAGGCGGUUGAUGGGCUGUGUGGAAAUUUUGAAACCUAAUAAAGGACGACUUAGUGAGGCAGGACUCGAACGACUAGCACGAAGGGUUGGAUUAGAAUGUUUGUGGGAAGAUAUGAUGGGAAGCGCCAGUAAUGGACGCACACUUAUUAUAGCAGGGAAUGCUCUUGCGCUCGACAUCGAUUUUGCGAAUAAUAUCGUUCAAAAAGUUUCACUAUCAUUUCCCGAUGCGCCGGAAUCAGUAACCAAACAUGAGAAGACAGCUUCAGAUAUACUUUUGAGGGAUUUGCAAUUCGAGGCCGGAGAGAGUCCAUUGACCAAAAUGCUAGAUCGAUUUGCAGCGAACCUAGAGAGAUUGACUAUGUUGGAUAAGUUGAGUGUUAUACCUGGGCUCAAUUGUCAUGAGGCGGUUGCUGGAAUCUUUUGCAGUUUGCAUAAGUUACAUAGUUGGGAGGUGGGAAGGCUGAAGGAGAACGAGAUGUUAGGAAUGGGGGAUGAGGACGUUGUGAGGGCUGCUAUGUGUACUAGGAGUGGCAUACCGAUCAUGCAUUCAAGAGAAAGACUAGGAUUAAGUAUCGAUUAUUGGCAGGAAAAACGACGGAUUCCAACAAAGGGGAAGAAACAGAACAGAAAGACAUGGUCGUUAUUGGUAGAGGUUGCGCCGUUACCUUCAAUGGGAGUGGGUGUAUAUACUCCUUUGCGUGUAUCUGAUAAGUGGAUAUCAGAUGAUGUUCAGCAAGCCAAUCCGGCAGUUGAUGAUCUAUUCCGAGCAGCCCAAUUACAAGAGGGGCCGAUUUUGAAUUGGCUAGAACCUGACAAUACCCUUUUACCGACAAGUCCCGAUAUCAAGUCUAGUGACCUAAACGUUGGGACGCAAAAAUUCCCAGAAGCAAUGUUCGUUGCGAAAUUCGAUCCACCAGUUGUAGUACCAUAUGCCAUCGCGAUGCAGAUCUACCAAUCGACACAAACGCCCUUUGAUUUUUCAGAAAUCACAACGUUUGAUGGACUUAUGUUUCCGUUAAGUGCGGAGGAAGCUUUGAAAACUAACGAGACACAGGCCAGAACUAUCAACGUAGAGAAAAAUGUCUCGGUUUGGGAUAGAGAGGGAAAGAAAGAGGCAAAGCAACAUUUUAAUACUUUGUAUAUUGAGAAGAUCGAUUAUGGAAGGAAGGUGGAAGAAGUAUCGUUUAGUCACCCAAGACAAUUGGUGGAGAUGUUGCCAUGUUUAAGACAAUUUGCUUUGUUGAGUACUGUGUUGAGGAAAAGUUUUGAAGCAGAGGAAAGGUCAAAAUCAAAAUCGAGAGGACCAUCAAAAUCUGAACCCCUAUCAAAAUCUUCCGAAAUAGACACUCUGAACCCUCCGACAAAGAAACAGGAAUUUGAGGACUUUAUGAAAGGUAUCAUUGCAACGCCGACAUCAAAAUCGGUUCUGGAGGAAUCGAAAAAGGAGAAGAAAGGCGAAUCAACGCAUCUAGAUGUUUCUUUAACAUUAACUCCAGUACCAAGAGUGGAAAUAGUAUUUGAGUUCAAGAAGAGAAGCGCGAAUGUGAUCUUCGAGAUUCAGGGGAAUGGGAGGGUGGUGGUUGCACAGGAGAAUAUUCUCAAUGGAAUGGGAGAGGAUGAAGUGAUGGAUGGAAUGGGAGAAGAAGGGAAAGCAAGAACAUUAACGAGUGAAGAUUUGGGUAGGAUGUUGGAGGUUUGUGAGGAUUUGGGGGUUUGGGUUGAGUGGAUUAAGGGGAGGUUGUAGAUUGGGUCUUAUUUGGGAUGUGCACCAAUAGCACGAGAACAGGAUGGAGGAGAGAAUGCUACGUAUAUGAGUGUAUGAUACCCAGGAAUUUGCCAUCUAUUUAUUAAUUCGUUCUACUAGUACAUGUCAUAUCAUGCAAGUGAUAUCAAAUGUUCUUCCCAAGACUUUUGAUGUAAAAAAUUGGAAAGGAAAAGAAGAAGAAAACGAUAUCUAGAGUAGAAACCCGAAGUCGAGGUUCUGACAUACAGAUUUCCUCGCUUUCCAUGGGUUUAGUUAAGUAAAAUCAAAGAAGAAACAAGUAUGUCCAGGGAAUCCAAAAACACAAUACCCAUCUCACCAAAAACACUCACACGGAGACAAUAUACACACUACUUACUCAAGUAUCUCCACCCACCCACCCAAACAUUUCCAUUCCAUCCCCUCCAAAAUCUCCCUCAUUUCAGCCUCCCUGCA